AUGAAGAAGCGCUGCUUAACAACCACUUCCACUUCUCCAUCUUCUUCCUCUGUCUCUUCAUCUACUUCUUCCUCUUCCGCUUGUGUCCUUCCGGCUCAAUCAGAGACUCCGAGGCCUAAACGAGCCAAAAGGGCUAAGAAAUCUUCUCUUCCUUCUGAUCUUAAACCGCAGAAUCCGACCAGUCCUGCCUCUACCCGACGCAGCUCCAUCUACAGAGGAGUCACCAGACAUAGAUGGACUGGGAGAUUCGAGGCUCAUCUUUGGGACAAAAGCUCUUGGAAUUCGAUUCAGAACAAGAAAGGCAAACAAGGAGCAUAUGACAGCGAAGAAGCAGCAGCUCAUACGUACGAUCUAGCUGCUCUCAAGUACUGGGGACCCGACACCAUCUUGAAUUUUCCGCUUGAGACGUACACAAAGGAGUUUGAGGAAAUGCAGAGAGUGACAAAGGAGGAAUAUUUGGCUUCUCUCCGCCGUCAGAGCAGUGGUUUCUCCAGAGGCGUCUCUAAAUAUCGCGGCGUCGCUAGGCAUCACCAUAACGGAAGAUGGGAAGCUCGGAUUGGAAGAGUGUUUGGAAACAAGUACUUGUACCUCGGCACUUAUAAUACGCAGGAGGAAGCUGCGGCGGCGUAUGACAUGGCGGCGAUUGAAUACAGAGGCGCGAACGCGGUUACGAAUUUCGACAUUAGCAACUACGUCGACCGGUUAAAGAAGAAAGGAGUGUUCCCGUUCCCUGUGAGCCAAACGAACCAUCAAGACGCUGUUGUUCUUGCUGAAGCCAAGCAAGAAACCGAGACGAGAGAAGCGAAAGAAGAGCCGAGGGAAGAAGUCAAACAGUACGUGGAAGAAGAGCCACCGCAAGAAGAGAAAACAGAGCAACAAGAAGUUGAGUUUGGUUACAAGGAAGAGGAGGCGGUUGUGACUAGCUGCAUAGAUUCUUCAGCGAUUAUGGAUAUGGAUCGGUCUUCGGACAGCAACGAGCUGGCUUGGAACUUCUGCAUGAUGGAUUCAGGGUUUGCUCCGUUUCUGACGGAUCAGAAUCUGGCGAACGAGAAUGCGUUCGUGUAUCCGGAGCUUUUCAAUGAGAUUGGGUUUGAGGAUAACAUUGACUUCAUGUUCGAGGAAGGGAAGAACGAGCUGUUGGGUUUGGAGAAUCUGGAUUGUUGCGAUGUUGUGGUGAUGGGAAGAGAAAGCCCAACUUCUUCGUCUUCUCCGUUGUCUUACUUUUCAACUGACUCUGCUUCGUCAACAACAACGACGACAACAGCAGCAACGGCCUCUGUUUCUUGUAACUAUUCUGUUUGA